AUGUUCGCCAUUGGGCUGCUGAAUCAUGUGCUGGCCUGCCUGUGGUUCUGGCUCGGCCGCACUCUUGCCAGUGAGGGCCAAAGCAACUGGAUCGCCAUCGCAGGGGCAGAGCAGCUGACCGCCUUCCAGCAAUACUUGAUCUGCUUCCGCCGCGUAAUGUGGCCGGUGGUGCCGGCACCUAUCUCACCGGAAAGUCAUUUCGAGAGACUCUUUGACAUUGGCAACAACGUCUUGUGCAUCUUGGUCCUUGGCAUCGCGAUAUUCAAAAUAUCCGCCACUGUGUUAGAGCUGCUGGCCAUGAACGAGGGCCGGCUGAAACAGCGACGUGAGAUCCGGCGCUACUUGCGUUCUCAAAAAGCUCCUUUCGAGCUUGUCUCACGGGUGAUGAAGUUCGUGGAGUACAAGCUGGAGAAGCUCCAGCCGAACAACUACAACACGUCUCUCAUCUCCCUGACCUUGCAGACAGAGCUGUACGUCAACCAGCGUUCUUCAUUUUUGCAGGCCCUGCCGAUUUGCCGGCUGGCCAAGGAAGUCUUCCCGGAGGCAUUCGCAAGCCUAUGUGUGGCUUUGAAGCGCAUGGUGUGCGAGAACCGGGAGGAGAUCUUCGUUGCCGGGACGAUUACGCACAGAAUGUACGUAACGGUGGCUGGCACCUACCUGCUUCAGGGGGUAGAAGGAGAUUGCGAAGAAUCGCAGCUCACAGGUAUCAAUAUCCUGGAGGAGUUCUCUCUCUACAUGGAAGCAGUACCCCACAAUCACACUCUUGCCGCCCGAACCUUCGGCGAGCUUUUCACCUUGGAGGGCGACGAUUUGGUGCGCAGUCUUCACACCUCGCCUGGCUGCGCCGCAAUGUUCUUCGAGUAUGCCAAGGAGUAUGCGUCGAUGAUGCCCAAGGAGCCCGGCUACCUGGAUCGUGCUACACAGGCUUCCCUGGCAGAGCGGUGCUGCAAGAUGACACGAGUUUAUCAGGAGAUGUUCCCAGAUGAGAAGUUCAGGUUGGACCUUUUGGAGACCGAAGAUCCCUCGGCUGAGCCUACGGAGCCGACGCAGCCUAUGGGGCUGGCCAGGCUCAUUCGAAGUGGUUGGCUGGAAGACUUGGAGGAGUCGACGCUGCCUCACCAACUUCGCUCUUGCCUCCCGGAACUUCAUCCGGUGCACGGUUCCCACAUCAUCUUCGAGCAGCCUCAGGAGAGGGAUCGCUCCGAAUCCUCCUGCAUCAGCAUUUUGGCGUUACUUGCCGACCGCUACGAGAUCUUCACUCGGCCUCAGGAUGCAAACUACCGCCUUCGGCGGCAGCAGUGGGAGGAGCUUCAAGACAUCGUUAGCUGGGCUCGCCCGAAUUCAGACGACAUCCAUGCCGUCCUGGUCUUGAUGGCCAUUCGGCCUCUGGGCAAGAGCAAGUUUGUUGCCAGCCAAGUGCCGAAUCAUGAGCGACGGCCCGAGAGUGCAGUUCUUUACUUGGUGGAGAACUGCCAAAAUGUCGUGCCGAGCGUCAAGGACUUGCCACAACAAGGGCUCGAGUCGCUGCGAGCGACUCUGCGGCUCCAUGCGGUCUUCAACUUCGCGCAAAUGCUCCAGGGUGAGAAUGUCCCGGCCAACGUUGCGCAACUUCAGGAACAGGUGCGAAGAGAGGGUGAGCAAGCCCUGCGCUUCUACAUAAUCUUCCUCCUUGGCUUUAUGAGUGGCUUAGGAGCCGGGCACGGCUCGCGCUUCCUCAAUGCCAAACGGGCCGAGAAUGUCAUCGCAGCAGUUCGCAUGCUGCGGCACCUACUGAAAGCCACCCCGCGUGGCAUCUACUGGGGCUACUUGAUUGCCCGGGCCCAAGCCCUGCAAGCGCCCUUUCGAACGCCCGAGGACCUGGUGCUCAUUCGGCUGGCCUGUCUCAUGCGUAUCGAGGACAUGUCCGCCUAUGAACAGCUGAAAACUAGCUGGAGCUAUCUGGGCCCGGAUGAGCAGCAUACGCUGACGAAUCACUUCCUGGCAGACGGGAUUGAGGACCUGGUCUGCGUCUUUGAGUUCCUUCCCGACUGCGUGGCGAAUGCAGUUGCCAAUCCUGCCGUCACUUUGUCGUGUUUGCUUGAAUGCCUGGUGGAUUUGCUCCACGUGCUUCAGCCCAACAUCGAUAUGAUGCCGGAUCUCAAGGAUGCGAAAGUUGUGCUGGUGGACUUAUCAGACAUGAGUGAGUUCAUCGCUUGCGUCCAGAACCGCUUUGUCUUCGAGACCUGUGUGCCCAGGUGCAAGAUUCGCUUCGCCGGACGACGGGCGCAGCUGGAAAUGACGGGCGGCAAUUGGGGUCGUGUCAACGAUACAGAGUCAGAUAUCACAACCAUCGCCUACUCAAUCACGGAUCUGCGGAAGAGGCAGCAGGCCCUGGCUAACCAGGUCAGCCGAAGCAUGCAGAAGAAGGAACCGCGACGUCGUUCUCAGACCUUCGCCAUCUGA